CUUCCAGCCCAAACACCAUCACCACCGGCACCGUGGCUGUGUCAGAUCGAUCCAAUCCCUAAACCGAAACCAAAGCCGAAGCCACCCGAUUUCUCUCUCUCUCUCUCUCUCUGCUCUGCUCUGCUCUGUCCUGUCUGAGAGGUACUUUUUUAGGCUUUUUCUGAACUUUUUUCUCUGAGGACAGACUACAGAAAUGUUGGAACCAAAAGACCCGGCGAUUAAGCUCUUCGGCAAGACGAUUCCCCUGCCGGAGAUUCCGGCGCCGGCUGCGGCCACCGUGUCGGUUGGAGAUCCCUCUCCUCCUUAUCCUCCGUCGUCUGAUACUCAAUGUCCAAAUCAAGAUCUUCCUUCUUCGCCUGAACUAGACGACAACUGCAACCGAGAGAUAGAAGAUCAAGAACCGGAUAAGGCCUCAGCUGGUGAAAAGCUUACUAGCGCCAAUCAGGAGGAUGGAUCCCAGCCUAUUAUCUCAGAGGAGAUUACUGGUCCGAAUGCAACUGCAGCAGUGAACGAUAACUCAAAAACACCUUCUGCUGACAGUGAAGCUGCAACACCAAAAACUACAAAGACUGAAGGAGAACAGAGCGAAAGUAGUAACUCACAAGAGAAGCCCCUUAAGAAACCAGAGAAGAUACUUCCAUGCCCCCGCUGUAAUAGCAUGGACACCAAAUUCUGUUACUACAACAACUACAAUGUCAACCAGCCACGGCACUUCUGUAAAAAUUGCCAGAGAUACUGGACAGCUGGUGGAACCAUGAGGAAUGUACCUGUGGGUGCUGGUCGUCGCAAGAACAAGAACUCUGUUUCUCACUACCGUCACAUAACUGUGUCUGAAGCUCUUCAGAAUGCUCGACCAGAUCUUCCAAAUGGAAUCCACCAUCCCGCUCUAAAGCCCAAUGGCACUGUCCUCACUUUUGGCUCAGACACACCCCUUUGUGAGUCAAUGGCUUCAGUUUUGAACAUUGCAGACAAAACCAUGCGGGAUUGCGCUCAAAAUGGUUUUCAUAAACCAAAAGAACUGACAAUUCCAGUCCCGUACAGAGGCGGGGAGAAUGGGUAUAAUCACUCUAGUGGCUCUUCAGUCGCUGCUACAAGUUCAAAGGACGAUGUUGGUAAAACAGGGCCUCAGGAUCCAACAGUUCAGAACUGUCACAGCUUUCCUCCUCAGGCACCAUGCUUUCCUGGGGCUCCAUGGCCUCAACCAUGGAAUUCUGCUCAAUGGGGCUCUCUGGCCAGCCCACAUCCUUUCUGCCCCCCAGGCUUUCCGAUGCCAUUCUACCCUGCUCCACCUUAUUGGGGUUGUACCAUACCAGGCACUUGGAAUGUGCCAUGGAUACUACCUCCAACUACUUCUCCAAACCACGCAGCUUCCAGUUCGGGUCUGAGUUCCCCAACCUUGGGGAAGCAUUCUAGGGAUGAGAAUGUGCUUAAGCAAACGAACCCUGAGGAAGAGGAGUCACAGAAAGCAAAUAAUCCUGAGAGGUGCCUUUGGAUUCCAAAAACGUUGAGAAUCGAUGACCCGGGAGAUGCUGCAAGAAGUUCUAUAUGGGAAACCUUGGGGAUUAAAAAUGAUAAAGCCGACACAAUAGGAGGAGGAGGUCUCUUUAAGGCCUUCCAAUCGAAGGGGAAUGAGAAGAAUCAUAUCUCUGAAACCUCUCCAGUGUUACAAGCAAAUCCUGCAGCAUUGUCUAGGUCAGUCAACUUCCAUGAGAGGUCCUAAUUGGCAGCCUCUGAAUUUUGCUACAUUAUGUAGUGAGAACGGGAAGCCCUUGGCCACAUUGCUUCUCCGCCUCAUCUUCAAGAAUCGGUUCCCAGAAAUAGCCAAGAGGGAGAUUUUAGGUUAGUAUUUUGUCAGGGAGAAGUUUGGACAGGUAUUAUCAAUUUCCUACGUAUAGAUGGUUUGUUGCCAAAUUAGCUCAUGUACAUAUUUGCAUGUGAAAAAGGGUUAAUAAUACAGUGAGUUUGUGUAUCCCCGAUGACACAAUAAGUUUGGGAAUGAAAUUCAGAUCUUUUUUCUUCCGUA